UGGAGGCAGCUACUUAGCUCAUCUUAUCAAGAAAAGGAGACGAGAUCUGCCCUAUUCAGUUGGCUUGUGGGAAAAAAAAGAAGCUUACUGCCGCUUGCUUAAGUAAAGAUCAGAGCUCAGAAAAGAGACUGUUUUUUUAGGACGGCUUACAAGACCUACAGCCACCACGCACUGGACUGCCUUUCUGUAAACACAGAGCAAGAUUUUUUUUGCCGAACUUUUAACAAGCUUUACACCGGGAGAAACUAUUUAUUUACUUUAAAAAAACAAACAAAACAAAAACAAAAAACCCCGUCAAGUUAUUAUUUGGUAAUUCGAACGAAUUCCGGACGUUGCAGAAUACGCAAGCACCUAUAAUUCCAUACUGAAUCUGUAUUUUAAUGAAACUUCGCAAAACUGAAAAGAUUAAAUCGUCAGACCAGACAAGGAUACUGCUGCUGCUCUGAAACCAGACGUCUUCGGCAGAGUUAAACAAAGUACUCACAGGGAGAAGAUGCCUCGUCCGGGGAGAAAUACUUACAGUGACCAGAAGCCACCUUAUUCGUACAUAUCUCUGACUGCCAUGGCCAUACAGAGUUCGCAAGAGAAAAUGCUCCCUCUCAGCGAAAUCUACAAGUUUAUCAUGGACAGAUUCCCGUAUUACAGGGAAAACACUCAAAGGUGGCAGAACUCUUUAAGACACAACCUGUCCUUCAACGACUGCUUUAUAAAGAUACCCAGGCGGCCGGACCAGCCGGGUAAGGGUAGUUUUUGGGCACUUCAUCCCAGCUGUGGCGACAUGUUCGAGAAUGGAAGUUUCUUAAGGCGCCGUAAACGCUUUAAGAUAAUGCUAUCAGAUCACCUGGCACCAUCCAAGCAAUCCGAUGCUGCCCAUUACCUACAGCAGCAGGCUAAACUGAGACUGAGUGCACUGGCAGCGACUGGCACCCACCUGCCCCAGAUGUCAUCUUACAACGUGGGGCUGUCGCAGCCGUCCACAUUCAAACACCCGUUUGCCAUCGAGAAUAUCAUCGCCAGAGAGUACAAGAUGCCAGCAGGAUUGACUUUUUCUGCCAUGCAAUCCAUGUCGGCUGGUUACCCGCUGCACAACCAGUUGACCAGUGCCUGGCCCCACAUGUACAGCACCAGUGUGAUAGACACAUCAGCACCCAUUUCAAUGGUCACCAAUGAAUACAGUGCCUACGGGAUGCCCAUCAAGCCUCUUUGCCACGGAGGACAGACUUUACCGGCCAUCCCGGUACCGAUCAAACCUACCCCGGCUGCAGUCCCAGGUCUGUCGACGCUGCCUCUACCUAUCCCCGCGAUCUUUUCGAACUGUCCUCCGUCUCUCAGCCCCACAUCCCCACAAACAGCAACCAGCCAAAGCAGUCCAGCUACCCCAAGCGAGACUCUAACAAACCCCACUUCAGCAUUGCAGUCUGUGGCUGUACACUGACACGGGCGGAUCGUCAGGACUUUAAAACCACAGGUUUUUACCAAUUCCAAAGUUUUUUUUUUUCUCUUUGAAAACAAACACAAAACGUCAUAUAAAAUCGCUCGGGCAAGGAAAUUGAGUGUUGCAUUUGUUUACACAUGUCUUGUUUCUGUUCCACUGUGAUUUUCAUUCGCAUCCUGUUUUUAAUAGUUCAAUGUUUAAUUUCAUUAUAUAGUUAACCACAGAGUUAUAACCAGUUUUAAAUAGGAUAUUCAUUUAACAAUCCCUGGUUAUUUUACUGUCAAUAUAGAAAAGAAGCCAAUGCCUCUAGUAGAUUUUUGUGUCUUAUGUUAGUGUGCUUGUAAAGUGUAUAAUUGCUAAUCACCUUGAACUUCUUAAGGAAUGCAUUUCCGUUUGUCAUUACGUUUUGGAACAGCCUCAAUGAUAACAGUUUAAAUGUAGAUGGUCAUUUGUUUAUUCAUUUAGCCACCCAAUAAACGCGUCCUCUUCUAAUGCGUAAUUUGGCAUUAAUGAAAGUGACAAUAGAUUAGAGUGGAUCGAAAAAGUUAAGAUGAUACAUUUAAUGUAAAUAAAAACGAAGUUAUCAGUGUUCUGUUAAACCUUAAUCCGGGUAUUAGGCUAAUGCCCAAAUAUAAGGGUCCAGUGAACUUGAAUGUGAACUCAGUUUUCUUGCUCUGCGUGCAAAAGUUAGAAACAGAUUUUUUUUUUUUUUUCAGAAUAUUUGUUGCAUUUUGUAUGCCAAAUACCUGGUAAGACUAAUAGCUAUCAUUGAUAUCCAUAGUUAUUUAAACAUGAACAAUCAUAUAGCAUUUCAUUAAAAUAUACACACUUGAAACGUGGGCUGGUGCUCUGUGCACUAAGAAAAAACACACUUGUAAAUUAUUGCAAAUAGGAGUGAUAUUAGCGUGUAAAAACGCCCUUUUUAAUUUCAUUGUUUUAGAAUUUCUGUAGUUUGCAGAAAAAAAAUGUUGUUCUGUGAACCAUUUAAGUUAAAAUAUGUAGUGACCACUUGUACGAAAUGGUGUAAAUGUUUCUCUUCUGUACAGAUAAAGCAUGUUAUUUCAAAACGUUGUGUUGUUGCUGCAAGCAUGCGUGCUUUUAAAAACUGUGCGAAAUGUCUGUAUAAACUUGGACAUCAAAAUAUUUUCUCCUUAAAACAUA